AAGUGACAGUCAGCUGAUCACCGCUGGAAGAAGCAUGAGAAACAUUUCUACACAAAGUUAAAAACCUGCAAAACUAUUGAUGACGACACACGUGACCGUUUUGUACUUCGCUAAAAGCGCAGAGCUGACGGGAGUGAAGGAGGAGGAGCUUGUUGCCGUGCCGACACCAAUCAGCAGCCUGGAACUUUGGACACUGUUGCUACAGCGACACCCGAGACUCCGCCUCCUGCAGGAUCAGGUGGUGUUGGCGGUGCGUCAGCAGUACGUUGCCAUCGGCGACCAGCUGGUUACCCUGGGAGACGGAGACGAGGUCGCCGUGGUGCCGCCGCUCAGCGGAGGAUAAACACAUGAUG